CGUUUUUCUGCCAUGGCUUCUUGCGGCAAUCCUGCUGUUGAACCAGAUGCACUUAUGCCUCGCCGCGCGAAAUACGACAAAACUCGCGAGUGUUGGAAGUGCAGAACCAGUACCGGGAACGUCAUCAUCCGCCACGCCGUUUAUUGCAAAGUGUGCUUUUUCUCGACCAUCACCCACAAGUUCAGACGCAUCCUCGAUCCGUUUAUCAAUGUGACCAAGUCCCGCAAAGCUGGCCUGAAACCGGCGGGGAACCUCUGUCUGGGAUUCUCUGGUGGACUCGGCUCCAGCACAUUACUGGAUAUGGUGUCGCAACUGUACUUUGCUCCGGGGCCGGAAGAUUCCAAAGGCGGGACACAGCAUCCUCGCAGGGCCGGUGCUUGGAAACGCGUCACGGUCUGCUACGUGGAUAUCUCUAACGCUUUACCUGGGGCAAAAGAUCGCACGGAAGAAGUCAGAGGAUUUGUGACCAGGUAUCCGGAGUAUGAGUUCGUGCCGCUGCGGAUUGAGGAUGCCUUCGAUGAUUCCUGGUGGACGAGGGUCGGUGGAGCGCCCCUACGGUCGCAUAUCAUGGCCGAUCUCACCGAUGAAGAACUGUUUCUUUCCAGACAGAAAGGGACGAGUCCUCUGGAAUCUUUGCGCGGCUAUCUAUCUGCGUUGCCGACCCAGACCGCAGUGCCAACGGCGAUCCACAACCUCAUCCGACUUCUACUGCUGCACACUGCAUGGGCCGCGGAUUGCUCACAUCUGUUGCUCGGAACGUCACUCACAUCGCUCUCGAUCUCGCUAAUUUCGUCGAUCUCGCAAGGUGGCGGCUAUGUCGUCCGAGAUGAAGCGCAGGAAGAAUGGCAACCGCACGUGAAUGUGGAGUCCAAACGAACGCUUCGAGUCAACCGGCCUCUGCGGGAUGUAGGGAUGAAAGAGUGCGGGCUGUGGGCUUGGUGGAAGGAUUUGCCUGUAGUGGGCAAGGAGAGCGUGUUCUCCAGUAAACAGGGAGUCGGCUCUCUGACUAGAGCUUUCAUCGUGGGCUUGGAGCGCGAUUACCCUUCGACAGUCUCGACCAUCGUACGAACAUGCGCAAAACUAGCUCCCAAAGACGCGACAGCAGAGGAUGUUACAUGCGUGCUAUGUGACCGGCCAGCUCAGUCUGGGGUGCAAGACUGGAAAAGCCGCAUUUCAAUACGCUCGUUCGCCGAGCUUUCGCCUGAUCUUUGGCCUUCGCAUUACAACUCCGCACUCUCGAUACCUCCGUCCUCUAACAAAAACAGCAAGCCUGCGCUGACACCUCAUCUGUGUUAUGCGUGUCACACGACUUUGACCAGUCGCAGCAGCCGCGGCUCGACUGUCAUUUCGCAUGAGGCCCAGUCAACCCCACUGCCUGUUUGGAUGGGACCACGACUGGAAGAAAAGAGCCGGAGGUUGAAUGCAGGCCAGAUGAAAGAGGCUAUAUCUGAGUUUUUGCUUUCGGAUGAUGAAGCCUAGAGAUCGCUAUCAGCUGUAGAUUUUCUUAUCGAUAAUUCCUGUCUAGCACAUCUUUGAUCGACGCUAGUCCUCCGAGUCCCUGCACCGUUUUCACCGUCACACCACCGCCUGUGGUUCUGCUCCAGUCACCAGCCCACCCAUGUCCGACCCGUUAAGGACAGCCUCUCCACAACCGAAGAAGAAUACACUUCUUGUGUCGCAUGGCCGGCCGCCCUGGUACGGAGAGGAUGGACACAGGAUCAUGGACGCUUUUGUGGUCGGCAUUGGUGGCGGGUCGGGGAGCGGAAAGACCCAUGUCGCACGACAGAUUGUGCACUCCCUGGGAAACAUCCCAAGCGUAGUCAUCCUCUCGCAAGACAGUUUCUACAAGAAACACACGCCCGAAGAACUUGUCCUCGCCCACGCCAACCAGUACGACUUCGAUCACCCUGAUAGCAUCGACAUGCCGAUGUUUGCUGCGUGUCUAGCGGACUUGAAAGCGUGCCAGCAGACGAACAUCCCGGUCUACUCGUUUACCACGCACCAGCGGCUGGACGAGCCGCAAUACUUGUAUGGGGCAGCGAUCAUUAUUACGGAGGGUAUUAUGGCACUGCAGGACGCCAAGUUAAGGGAGUUGUAUGAUUUGAAGGUUUUCGUCCAAUGUGACGCUGAUUUGAUGCUGGCGCGUCGCUUGAAGCGGGAUGUGGCAGAACGAGGUCGGGAUGUGGAUGGCAUACUAGAACAAUAUCUGCGCUUCGUUAAACCUGCCUACGAUAAUUACGUGCAGCCCUCUCAGCGACAUGCUGAUAUUAUCGUGCCGGGAUCUAACAACACGGUGGCCAUCGAUCUUAUCUGCACUCAUAUCAAGCGAAAACUAGAUGAACGCGCCCAUUAUUUCAGACAACGAUUGGCGUCCCCGCAUUUAUACAGAAAUCCCGCGGGGGCAUCUCUGCAGCUAGACACGAAGGACAACCUGGGACUAUCUAUCCAUCCACCGACACGACAGCUGCAAGGGAUUUUCACGAUCUUGCGUUCGUCCAUGACUUGUCGGCAGGACUUCAUCUUCUUCGUGGAUAGAUUGUCCACUCUUCUCAUGGAAUAUGCGCUCCAAUUCUUGCCAUAUGAGCGUAAGACCGAUGUUUCGCCCACCGGGUCCGAAUUCACGGGAAAUUCUAUCAGUGCUAAAUAUGUCUGCGGCGUGGUCAUUCUUCGCUCCGGCGGGGCAUUAGAACGGGGAUUCAAGCGUGUUUUGAAUGAUGUUCCUGUCGGCUCGCUGUUGGUCCAGUCGCACAACGUUGAUGCUGAGCCACUGCUCUUGCAUGCGAUGCUGCCGCUGUGCGUGAAGAGGAGAGAAAGAGCGGAGGAGGCCUACGUCUUCCUGCUCGAUGCGCAGAUCGGAACAGGUGCUUCAGCCUUCAUGGCCAUUCGGAUAUUGCUGGACCACGGAGUGAAGGAAGACCACAUUAUCUUUGUCACGUUUCUUGUCGCUCGCGGCGGAGGAAUUUCAGUUCUCCGUCGGGCGUUCCCUGGGGUACACAUUGUCACGGGAGCGGUCGAUGAUGGGAUGAAAGAGGGCUGGAUAGACGCCGAUGGGACGGAACAGGGCCGGCAGAUUUGGGCUCUCUUGCCGGGGUUAGGUCAUAUAGGAGACCGGUAUUAUCUAUAGGAUGUUCGAAGGAACUGGAGAGGAACUUGUCGAAUGUCACGAGUGUGACUGCACGCGCUCGUUACGUAAUUUUCCCGACAUUGGCAGCAGUUAGUAGUCAUGUGCCACAACGACGGCGCGCAGAGCGGACCGUGCAGAUCUACAUCAGAUAUGAGACUUGCUUCGAAUCCUCGUCGGGUCCCGUAUAAAAGGGUGGCCUGGGGAGCAACCUCUUGGCAUCCGAAACCAUGCGGUCGUCACUUAGUGUCCUCGCGCUAUUCGUAGCAUCUGCUGUCUCUUCCGUAAUCCCCUUCCAGGUUCCGACGUCGUUUGUCCUGGUCGGAGACAGCACGACGGCUAAUGGCACCACCCCUAACUCAGGCGGUUGGGGAAACGGUUUUUGUGGCUCUUCUUACAACAACACGGCGUCUUCGUUGGCACCGAACACCCCGUGCAUCAACACGGCGCACAAUGGCGCGACGACUGGCAGUUUCGUGAGUGGCGGGUUCUGGAAUAUUUCGCUUGCUGCGAUUAAGCAAGAGGUGGCCAAAGGACGCCGCACUCUGGUCACUAUCCAAUUCGGACAUAAUGAUAUGAAAAUUGCGCCGCCAGAGUCGAUGGGUGCCAACAUCACUGCCAUGGUCAAGCAGAUCCGAGCUUUGGGAGGAGAACCAGUGCUCGUCACCAGUCUCACCCGCCGCAGCUUCAACUCGAAUGGAACUAUUCAAGACCAGCUUGCACCCUGGGCGAAUGAAACCAUCCUUAUCUCAAAGCAGCAGGGCACACAUCUGCUUGACCUGCACGCGCAUUCUAUAACGUAUUGCGAGGCUAUCGGGCCCGAUGCUUCUCACCGUCUGAACAGACUCCCGGAUGACAACACACAUCUCAAUACCAACGGAACCAUAGUCUUCGGAAGAAUGCUUGCCGACCUCUUCCAAGCCAGUUUCCCUGGUGAGCUGCCGAUCAUCGCGAACCCCGGCCUGACAUUCAAUAUCACGCACGGAAUCGCUUCGUAUUAAGUAUGUACAUCACAAAUGUAUAUAUCUAGUGGUCGCUUCGGCAUGGUCAAGGGAAAUCUAAUCUCAGCUUUGAUGCACGUCACGUGUGCUAGUAAUCAAUGUCGACUAAUCCCGCGGGCUAAGCGCUGUUCGCCGUUCCGCCCGCAACAGUCAACUGCUUAUCUCUUUCCGCCAUGACAAGCAGCGAACCUCCGAGUUCGUUGUACAAACUGGUCUCCUUAUUCUCGGCGAUACAGUUGGGGACGGGUCUGGGAACGGUCUUCGUGUAUCAGAUUGAGGAUGCCCGCGACGCACAGUUCAUUGCCAUCCUUUACGCCCUGACAACCUUCUACAUGGUCUACGUGCUCAUUCCGCAUACGCUCCAGCGCGAGAACGACCCCUCGACGAGGCUCAACAAGCAAUUCGUUAUCGCCAACUUCUUGCUGCUAUGCUGGGUCAUGUCAUUGGUCAUGGUGCCGCUGACGGUGGGCGGCGGUCUCAGGGAUACUAUCAAAACUUGCGCCGCGGAAUGGUUCAUUCUGAGACCAAUGUGCAUUACUCUCGGGCUGGACAUCGUGCUUCCGUUUGCGAUAAUAUGCUGUCUCACGUCAAUCUCUUGGACCAUCUAUUGCGACGCACGAGCGCUGCACGAGGCUAUACUAGCCAGAGAACCGCCUCCGGCAUUGACACCGUUCAAGCUGACCCCCACGCGUCGGACAUUACCACCCCGCGUGGGCAGCACUUCUUCACGGCCGGAGGAGGAGCAGCCACUGAUUGCCAUACAGUCUUAACUGCCUCGCUCCAUAUACCGUUUCAUUUGCAUCUCAUGGACAUUUCGUCGGCAAAAAAUACAUUUACAACAUUGGCGAUUACAUUGAUUCAAAUGAAUAUUGUACAAUCCUCGAGAGGAAGGAAGUCCGCUUUCACCGGCCAACGUGAGCUACUUUCUCCUUAGUUUCUGGACGAAACGCUUGCGCCUGCUGGGAGACUUUGGCUUUGCGUCGUUGUCACUGUCGGAGGACGAAGAGGGCGGCGGCGAAUCCUUGUCCACAGCCGGGAUCGAUGUUUCAGGAGACAGGACCGUCGUUGGAACAGAAGGUGGCAGCGUGUCCGGAGCACCGGACUUGAAGCCCAGCGAUCCACGAGCCUGGUCCGGACCUCCGUCGGGGCAGAAUCCAGAAUUGAUCUCGUUGUCCUGGUUCGCGCGACCGGGGACGCAGCCCGAGGCAGUGACAGCACUGUGAGACGCUGAGGAGUGCUUCGCCGCAGCUCCACCGUCGGGACAAUAUUCGUCGUCGAGAGACUGCUCCUCCUCCACGCGGUGAAGCUGCGCAUCCGCACGGGCCAGGACAGGGGAAAUACCAGUGGUGGUGUCAAGAGUGGAUGAGACAACCGAAUUGGGCGGGGGGCCUGGUAUGAGCACAGGACUAGAUGCUGAUGAAUCGGGCAUAUCAGGGCAUCGAAUUGCUCUGCGAACCUGGAUCCGGAGGGCGACACUGCACGAGGGAUCGGGAUGGGGGACACACGGGUCGGAGACGAAGCACGGCCCGUGUGUACUUGCGUGCUGAUAGUGGAGUCUGCGCCCGAUGUCACAGUGCUCAUCGCAAGCGAGGACUGGUGCAAUGUAGGAGUAGAUGCUGUCGGAGUCUCAAUCGAGCCGGGACUCGGGGGAAGUAGUGACCCGGCUUGCGAGGUGAUGCUCAGGUCGGUAGCCGCGCGCUCAUCCUUCAGAGAGGGUCGGGUGUCCUCCGAAACUGCCGAUGCUGCGCUUGUGUCAGAGAGAAGCCCCAGUUGUUGGGAUGGGGAAUCCACUCACGUAACAUGUCGGCAAGAGAUUGUGGAAGGUACGCCUUGGCGGUUUGUCCAGCGUUGGUGAUGACGCGCUGAACCAGGCUGUCCGUCUCCGGCUCGACCCUUGCAUCUUGCAACUCCUUCUCAUCUAGACCGCCAGGAAUGUGUGGUAAUUCGGAACUCGGUGUGAGCGGUGCACCCUUAAGCUCGAACGAUUGCGUCUUGACAGCCGCUGGGAGUGUGUCGGCCAUGGUUGUAGUAGCGGCAGACAUGCUUUCAGUUGAGUACUUGAUUGACGAUUGCGUGGCAGGGACGUCUCUGCUUUAUAGGGCCUGUGCAAGACGUAUGGAGCUACUCCACUCGGAAUGACGAGGGGGGGUGACAGGGUCAUAUGGUCAAUACACCAAUAGCGUCGAGGUUGGGAAUCUCCGCUCUGAAGCGGAAUGUGAUCCAUGUAGUCGGUUUCACAUCUUGCUUGAAGUUCCGCUCGAAGUUGUUACUGUAGUCGGUUCAGUUGUCUACUAAGAAUAGACUCCCACGAACGGAAAUUCUGGGAAGAAAUUCUAGACUGUUCUCUAUAUGGCUCACGUGAUAAGACACGGAACUAAUUUCGACCCCCACCUCCUCGACUGCGCACGGCCUCGAUUCUUUCUGCUUCAACGCAGUUCAGCUGUGGACGGUCCACCUCUGCUGCUCGGGGCUAAACUACCACCCAUCCUUUCUUGCUCCUCCGGAAUGACAUGACGCUCCUUCUGUACAUACCGGCCCUACUGCUCUGUUUUUUCAUCGCUUCCCAUGCCCAAAUCGUCAACAUCCAGACCUCCGAGUUGGUGCGCAAACCCCGGAGUCUGGGAAUCCCGCACCCUGUUCUCCUCUCUCCGCUGCUGGGCGACGGGGGGAGCGACGAGUCAGACCUGCUGGAUAUCGUGGUGCUCGCUUCCGUGGACGGGAAGUUCCAUGCGUUGAAUCGGACUACGGGACAGGCGCUGUGGUCGAUGCCGCCCUUUUCCUCCGGCGUCUCCGCACCGUCGGGCUUGAUGCCGCUCGUGCGCACGUCACACGCCGAGUACGACCCAGAUCUAGUCGACGAGGGAACACCGCAGGAGACUUACGUGAUCGAGCCCCAGUCGGGUGAUAUCUAUAUCAUGGCGUCUCCGUCGAGUCCUCUGCAGCGCUUCCCGUUCAGCAUGGGUGAACUCGUGGAUAUGUCCCCGUAUGAAUUUCGCACGGAGGGAUAUCGUCGGAUGUUCAUUGGUAAAAAAUCAACGUCGCUGUUGGUGGUGGAACUAGAGACAGGAAAGAUCAAGGCCACUAUUGAUUCGGAAUGUCCGUGGGACCCGUUCGACGAUCUGACUGGCGACCAAGAACUAGAUUUGGAUGAACUGGACGGUAGCAAACCUCAGAGGUUGAAACCCACCGAGGUACUCAUCGGCAGGACAGACUAUCACAUCACAAUCCACACCAGAACAUCCAGCAAGCAGAAAGUUCCUGUACAGAACUUGUCGUUCUCAACCUACGGCCCCAAUAACCAAGACAAUCUGCUCCAAGCAACCUAUCAUAGGACACCGGACAACUCCUACAUCCAGAGUCUGCCCAAUGGAGAAAUUAUCUCAUUCAGGGCGCGGACCGAAUCACAGCAAUAUGUGUCAGAUUCGAUGAUGUGGGGGCACCGAUUCUCUCAACCAAUUGUCGCUAUCUUCGACGUGCUGCGAUCCUCGGCUUCGACAUACGUGCUGUUACAGCCUCGGCCACCGUUGUCGACCAUUCUUCCGCUUCAUCACGGGACCUCGAUGGACCAGCUGCCCCACCUCGAAUCUGCGUACAUUGGGUUAGUGGAAGAAACAGGAAGCUUGUAUGCCAUGAGUCCAGAUCGGUUCCCGUUGCUUGUUUUCGGAGGAGAGAAAGCCAGCCCUGGGAGACUGAUCGACUCUGGCCCCGCUGCCGAUGACGACAUCGAUCGACCACUCGAACUAGACCAAGUGACGGCUGCUCGAAAGGAGCGGCAAGAGGCCGGACGAGAACACGCGAGACUGGACCAAUGCCAAAAUCGAGAUGCGCUCUACACUCAUAGGCGGUGUCUCGUUGGUAUGCGACCGUUGGAAGGCGGUGACGGGGACGGCCCAGAGAGACGCUUGAAACGGCUGAUAGAUGGCGUGCCCCGCGUGCUCAUGCCUGCUGCUCUCGAGGGCACGGUCGAGGGCAAACCCAACACGUCAUCCAGCUUACGCAACAACCAAAGCACGGUGUCAGGCACUCCAGACCCAUCGCAGUCACACUCACAGCAACAGCAACAGCAACAGCCAAGUGGAUUGGCCUGGAAGGGCGUUGCGCUGGCGAUCGUGCUCGGCAGUACUGGCCUUUUCUUCGGCCUAGUCCGGCUGAACAGGACUAAGACUUCAACAACUCCUACCCAAGCAAAUCCAUCCCCUAUCGCUGUUGAAUUUGUGCUGCCCGCUGCUGCAUUAUCCCUAGACUCGCCGCAUGCUACUGUCACAGAUGUACUCGAGAUCCCCCCUUCGCCUCUCCUGACCAAAAGCCUACCUCCGCUCCCAGCUGAAGCAGAAGACGGCGAAGACAACGAGCGAGACGAAGAGGAGAAUACUCCCGUCAAACGCAAGACACGACGGGGCGGCCGCGGCAAGAAAAAGAAGGGCGGCGCUCAGAUCGAAGUCAAGGACGUGGAUGACAGCGAGAAGGAGAGCGAGAGGACCCCAUCAGGGAUUUCCUUCACCGUUCAACCUGCACCAGCUCCCUCCCCAGCUCCAUCAUUGAUCGUGUCGGAUUCUGUUCUCGGUUAUGGCUCACACGGGACUGUUGUGUACAAGGGUUCUCUCCAAGGUCGCGCUGUAGCCGUCAAACGUCUUCUUCAAGAUUUUGUCACCCUCGCAUCUCGCGAAGUCAGCAUCUUGCAAGAAAGCGACGACCACCCGAAUGUGAUCCGAUACUAUUACCAAGAGGCACACUCCAACUUCCUGUACAUCGCACUGGAGCUCUGUCCAGCCACUUUGGCAGACCUGGUCGAAAACCCGGACCGCGAUGCCUGGCGCGAUAUCGCUCUCGGUUUCGAACCGAAACGGGCGCUGCGCCAGAUUGCGAGCGGACUCCGCCACCUGCACGGGCUGAAACUUGUCCAUCGGGAUAUCAAACCCCAGAACAUCCUUGUUUCGGCCGGCUCGGGCCCCAAGUCGUGGCGCAUGUUGAUCUCCGAUUUUGGGCUUUGCAAGAAGCUGGACAUCGACCAGACGAGCUUCCUGCCUACCUCGCAUGGUACCAUGGCAGCGGGUACGGUCGGUUGGCGUGCCCCUGAAAUUCUUCGAGGCGACGUCAAUCUAGAUGACAUGAAUCCACCGAGCGACGAUGCCUCUGUUGGAUCACAGGGCUCUGUUGGCUCCAAUUCUACGGCGGGAAAGCCGACGCGGCUGACAAAGACGGUGGAUAUCUUUGCGCUUGGCUGCUUGUUCUUCUACGUGCUCACCAACGGCGGGCAUCCGUUUGGUGAUCGCUUCGAGCGAGAAGCGAACAUCAUGAAGGGUACCAAGAAUCUGGCGGGACUGGAGAGGUUCGGAGAGGAAGGACAGGAAGCGGUUGACUUGAUUGGAGCCAUGAUACAUCCUGAAGCCCAUCAGCGACCAGAUACGACUACGUGUCUACUACAUCCUUAUUUCUGGGAUGCUGGCCGACGACUUGCGUUCUUGCAAGACGCGUCUGACCGGUUUGAGAUUAUGUGCCGGGAUCCUAAAGACCCGCAUCUGCUCGCCCUCGAACGCAACUCUCCGAGCAUCGUCAGCAACGACUGGCUCGCUCGGCUAGACCGUUUGUUCAUCGAGAACCUCGGCAAAUUUCGCAAGUACGAUGCUAAAUCUGUUCAGGAUCUUCUCCGCGCUUUGCGAAACAAGAAACACCAUUAUCAGGACCUGCCGGAUAAUGUAAAACGACAUCUGGGUGCCAUGCCGGAGGGAUAUCUGGCCUACUUCACCAGACGGUUCCCGCGCUUGUUCCUGCAUGUGCAUUCGGUGAUCGGGGAUAGCCCGUUACGGUCAGAGUCCAUGUUUAGAUCUUACUUUGAGGUCCACGACUCGUGAUGUUUUCCGCCGCAGGGGGCACCGUUCGCUUCAUUUAUCUAUCUAUUCGUCUAGUAAUCUCGUGUACUCUGUAUCUCUCCAUUGUAGCAUGCUUUGAUUAUUCGUUUCU